AUGGAUGUACCAGAGGGGAAUGGAAACCCUUUGGGCAAUGGACUCGGUCGAGCUAGGCAAACUCGACCGAUUGGUCAAGGAGAUGCUCCAAACCGCCACCAACAGAGACAAGGGAUUGUUCCACCACCAGUGCAGAACCACAACUUUGAGAUCAAGCUGGGAAUGAUCAACCUUGUCCAGAACAAGAUGUUCCAUGGAUUGCCAAGUGAAGACCCCAUUGACCACCUUGAUGAGUUUGAUAGGCUUUGUGAUUUGACAAAGAUCAAUGGUGUCUCUGAAGAUGCCAUCAAGCUGAGACUCUUUCCUAUGUCUCUAGCUGACAAAGCUCACCAAUGGGAGAAGAGCUUGCCCCAUGGCACAAUCACCACUUGGGAUGAAUGCAAGAAGGCCUUUCUUGCUAAGUUUUUCUCCACCGGUCGCACAGCCAAGCUUAGAGGAGAGAUAUCCAGCUUCAUCCAGCGAAACAAUGAGACAUUCGCAGAGGCUUGGGAGAGGUUCAAAGGCUACACAAGUCAGUGCCCACACCAUGGAUUCAACAAUGAAUCACUACUCUCCACUCUUUAUAGAGGAUGCUUGCCUAGGUAUAGGGAGAUGCUAGACACAGCUAGCAAUGGGAACUUCCUCAACCAGGAUGUAGAUGAUGGCUGGCAACUUGUGGAGAACAUAGCUAACUCAAAUGGAAGCUAUGGAGAAGAGUAUGAUCGCACCAACCGGAGCUCGACCCACCACUCGAUCGAGUCAGACGAAAAGUUGAGAAAAGAUGUUAAGGCAUUGAAUGAGAAGUUGGAUAAGCUGAUCCUAGCUCAGUCCACAAUGAAGAAAGUCAACUUUGUGUCUGCUGAGGAGAUGGAACCAGUCCAAGAAGGGGAGGAUACACAAUUUGCUGAGGUGUGCUACAUGAGCAAUGGGCAAGGAGGUUACAACAAAGGAUACUAUAAUUACAAGUCCAACCCUGCCAUGUCAUACCGCAACACUGAUGUUGCUAACCCUCAGGACCAAGUAUAUCCUCAACAACAAGCAGCUCGAUCGAGUCAGGUGCCACAACAUGGGUAUGGUCAAAAGAACAAUUACCAAGGACCACAAGGCACUUUCCCUGGACAACAAAUGAAUAUCCCACCAGGCUUCCCCCACCAACCGCCCCAGCCUGCACCUUCACAAGAGAAUGAGCUCAAAGCAAUGCUAAAGCAACUACUUCAAGGGCAAGCUGAUGGGGUAGUGGACACAAGCAAGAAGCUAGCUGAAAUAAACUCUAAGAUCGAGAACCUCAACACAAGGGUUUACUCUCUGGAGAAUCAUGCUUCUUCUGUUGCUGCUGCUACAAAGCAAGGACAACUACCUGGUAAAGCUAUUCAGAACCCCAAGGAACAGUGCAAGGUCAUCUUCACUCAAGAAGGACUUGUUGAAGAAGAGGAUCAAGAAAGGGUCAUUGAAGAUUUUUGUUUACUGCUGAAUGAUGAAGAGAUUGUUGCUGCUGAGGCUCCUGGAGUCCAGAUUGAUCAACCAGAAGUGCAUGCACCUACUGUGGCCAUUCACACUUCACCAGUUGAGCUCGCACGACAAGCUCGAUCGGCAGCUCGAUCGAGUCCAACUCUAGCUCGAUCGAGUCCGACCUCUUCUGUCCGACAACCUGUUUUGCUUGAUCCUUACCAACCGGUUGCCGCUUCCUCGUCUCGCCUACUUAGUCAAGGUCACAAGGAAGUGAUUCACAAGUUCAGAAGAGAUCUCAGUGGGAUUGGAAUUGAGUUGCCUCCUAUGGAUAGCAUGAGUGAGGCAUUUGAUCAAAUGCAAAUGGUCAAGGAUGUUCUAGCCAACAGUGAUAAAGUUUCAGAGGUCCUACAAGAGUCUACUCAUCAGUUCAACCUGCUUACUUCACCCACCUUCCUACCAAAGGUCAAGGAUCAAGGGAAAUUCACUCUCCCUUGCACACUUGGGCAUCUUGAGAUUGACAAUGCCUUAGUGGAUUCUGGAGCAAGCAUCAAUCUGAUCUCUCUCUCCAUGGCAGAGAAGCUAGGCAUGCUGGAGCCUUGCAGCGCCCUACUACUUCAAUCAUGUUUGGAGAUGCAACUUCUAAGUCUCCUCUUGGAGUGUUCAAGAACUAUCACUUGA